AUGUUGAGCGGGUGGAUACCUAGGUACGGACGGGCUGUUGGCUACACGGGGUCGCACAUGUUGCUGGCAUGCGGGCCUCGCGGCACGCGAUGUACACCGCAAGCGCGCGUCCCGCCUGUGUACGGGCGCGCCUGCGAGCUCGCGGCAGCAGUCUUGGUAACACCCGACCGUUGUGACCCAACACCGAACUUCGGUCUCCGGCUGCUCGAUAAAAGCCUCGAAAGGCUUCCAUUAUACUCGCAUGGGCCCGAAAGGGCUGCCGCUGCUGCUCCGCAUCGUGCGGCUGCUCGUUGGGACUCUCGGGCUGAUGCUACUCGACGAAACGGGGUGCUGUCGCUGCUCGCUAUUUGCAACUUAACUUUUACAGAUAUGGAUUAG